GGUGAGUGAGAGGGGCUGCGCGCGCAUGUGAGGCAGGAGGAAGGCAGCGAGGGAGGGGCGGGCGAGCGCCGAAGGGUGCUGGUGCUUUCCUUGGGUGUUUGUUAACCGAUGUGGAGUGCUGCAGCCGCGGCCGGGGGAUCCUCGUUUGGGCGCCUCCCCUAAAGGACCCGGCGAGGAGAGAAUGGAAAUGCUUUGCUUUUAACACAGAGCAGAAGCAAAAGUGAGUGAAAGGGACUUUCAAGGAGGUGUGAAGCGACUGGCAAAAGGUUUUAAGAAAAAGGCUUUGAUGAUGUGACUGCUGGGGUCAUCAUGUCUGCUUUGUGUCCUCCUCCUUCUCCUGCUGUUGCCAAAACUGAGAUUGCGUUGAAUGGAGAAUCACCACUACUUGCUGCUACUUUUGCCUACUGGGAUAAUAUUCUUGGUCCCAGGGUCAGACACAUCUGGGCGCCAAAAACAGAACAGCAGCUUCUCAGUGAUGGAGAAAUAACAUUUCUUGCAAACCACACUCUGAAUGGUGAAAUACUGCGGAAUGCAGAGAGCGGUGCAAUUGAUGUGAAAUUUUUUGUUUUGGCCGAGAAAGGAGUCAUUAUUGUGUCCUUAAUUUUUGAUGGAAACUGGAAUGGGGACAGAAGUACCUAUGGACUUUCAAUUAUACUUCCGCAAAGUGAGCUUAGUUUCUAUCUUCCCCUGCACCGAGUGUGUGUUGACAGGUUGACACAUAUUAUCAGAAAAGGAAGGAUAUGGAUGCAUAAGGAAAGGCAGGAACACAUACAGAGGGCGAUUGUGGAGGGCACAGAGAGAAUGGAAGAUCAGGGCCAGAGCAUCAUUCCAAUGCUGACAGGCGAAGUUAUUCCUGUAAUGGAACUCCUUUCAUCUAUGAAAUCACACAGUGUUCCAGAAGAAAUAGAUAUACGUGACACAGUGCUCAGUGAUGAUGAUAUUGGCGACAGCUGUCAUGAAGGUUUUCUCCUGAAAGCCAUCAGUUCACACCUGCAAACCUGUGGUUGCUCAGUAGUUGUAGGAAGCAGUGCAGAAAAAGUUAAUAAGAUUGUGCGGACUCUGUGCCUCUUUCUUACUUCAGCAGAGCGAAAGUGUUCCAGGCUCUGCAGAAGUGAAACUUCUUUCAAGUAUGAGUCAGGACUUUUUGUGCAAGGGUUGCUCAAGGAUGUGACUGGAAGUUUUGUGCUGCCUUUCCGACAAGUGAUGUAUGCUCCAUAUCCUGCCACUCAUAUUGAUGUAGAUGUCAACACAGUGAAGCAGAUGCCCCCGUGCCAUGAACAUAUCUAUAAUCAGCGGCGAUACAUGCGAUCAGAGCUAACAGCAUUUUGGAGAGCCACUUCAGAUGAGGAGAUGGCUCAGGAUACCAUUAUCCAUACAGAUGAAAGCUUCACUCCUGAUCUGAAUGUUUUUCAAGAUGUCUUGCACCAAGAUACUCUAGUAAAAGCUUUUCUGGAUCAGGUCUUUCAUUUAAAACCCUGGUUGUCCCUGAGGAGUGUGUUCCUUGCUCAGUUCCUAUUAGUUCUUCACAGAAAAGCCUUAACGCUCAUUAAAUACAUAGAAGAUGACACGCAAAAAGGUAAAAAGCCUUUCAAGUCUCUCCGAAGCUUGAAGAUAGAUUUGGACUUGACGGCAGAGGGCGAUCUUAACAUAAUAAUGGCAUUAGCUGAGAAGAUCAAGCCUGGUUUACAUUCAUUUCUCUUUGGCCGACCUUUCUACACUAGCGUGCAGGAACGAGAUGUUCUAAUGGCAUUUUAAAGAUGCUUUGUUUCUGUUCUGUAUUGCUAAAGCUCCACAGGGCUGUUCAGACACCAUAGAGACAGAUAUGCAGUGUUGCUGUUUGAAGCAUAUCCUGCUGUUCCCUGCCAUUUAAUGUGUCAUACACUACAGCCCACAGGAGAAAGGGGAACUCGUACUCUAAGAAGUCGAGUCACUUCUAUUUAGGUACAUAUCAAAUGCUCCUUUUUGUUUAUAGUGAGAGUAGAAUGUUAUGGUUGCGGUAUUUUUUUAAUACAAUCAACCUGUAUAGUUUCUAAGCCACCAAGAUAGGUUGUGGUUUAUAUUUAAACAAGAUAAUUUUUUUUUAAAUUGCUCUUAAGAAAUUGCACUGGAUUUAAUACUUUUUCUUUAGUUUGUGUGGAUAGUUAGGCACAUUUGUCCGUUCCCCGAUUGUGGAUUUAAAAAAAAAAAAUUCAGAUGUGGUUUUAAAGAUGUUAAGUUACAGUGUGCUUGACAGCAUGAACUGUAGUGUCUUCAUGGCCUGCACACAUACUCUGAAAGUCACCAGAAACCUGUGAUAACAUCUAAGCAUAUAAACCGACAUGAAAAAUGCAGGUGUGUUCUUACAAUAGGGAAAACUGGACCAGAUCCUGCAGAAUGCUAUUUUUAGGCUGGGUCACAAAUUACACUAUGUCCAAGUGCCAAGUAAGGCUAUUCAGUUGCUGAUUUAUGCUGAUUAUGUCGGAUCAUCAGGCAUGCUGCAGGAUUUAAUGACUAGCAUAACUUCCAGGCACAAAACAGAAACAUGAGGUUUUGUGUUGGAGAGAGCAGUUGCCAAGGCUUUGUCCAAUAAACUGUUGAGUAAAAUCCAGCUAAAUCCUACAGUCAUGUGCUCAUAUUCUUUUUGGAAAAGUUUUAAACAGCCGAACUUGGUGGAUUUGAGAUCAGUGGGAAGGGCAGUAGUGAUACAGUUCUGGUUUGAUAAGAUGUCUUUCUUCAUCUCCAGCAUAUUUACAUCUCUUCUGUUGCUUUUUUCCCAUAAGGAGGAUGUUGAUAUUUAUUUGCCUAUAUUUGUAUCACUGUUUAUAUGUUUGUGGUGCAGUGAGCUGGUUUGACAAAACACAGGUUUGCCAUCUUACUGAAUAUCACGCUGCACUUGAUGCGAUGUUAUAGUGCAUGCUGCUGUUUUCAUCCCCACCCCCCUGGCCAAAUACAAAUGUCUGCUUCUCUAAGUGCAAUACGUUUUGUAUUCUUCUGUGGCUUGGAAAUUCAUUGUGUCAAAAAUCUCUGUGCACAUUUAGCCAAGGGUUUUUUUGUUAUAGCUAUGGGGGGGGGGGGUCGCAUUUCUAUAACUGGAGUUUUUUAAGUUCUGGAAACUCUAUUCUGAUUCAGUGACUACACUCCAUUCAUGAGACCGGGUGGGGGAAAUUCUAUCCUAUAUCUAGGGAAACUAUGUGUUCAUAUGCCAAACAUUCCCAUUUUAGUAAGGCAGUUUCUGUUUGGAUGAUGCUUGGUUUGUAUAUCAAAGCCCCAAAGAUCUCUGGAUCUGUCUCAAGAAGCAAAAUUACAAUGCCAAAAUAUUGUUCUGUGGGAAGACUGGUGAAGAGAGGGAGUUGCCAAAGCAUAUAACCUUGUGGGCUUCCUUCCUACCAGCUCAAUUUAACUUGGAAUUAAAAAUGCAUCCCAAUGUGAGUGACUUAACAUUGUUCUGGUGCCCCAAUACACCCGCCUCUUGCAUAAUAAGGCUUAAGCCACACGUAGCUCUAGUGCCAAAGCCAGGAGCCCCAGACAGCUUUUUGCAGUUUUGUGCAACAACUUUAAUGCAAGGAAUUGAUGUAUUUUUCUGUUUAUCUCAUUGAUAUGCUUGGGAGGAAAGCUGCCAGAUACCUGAAAUGAUUACUUUCUUCUGAAUUCUGUUAUGAUGGUAUUGUUUAUCUGACACGUUAAUGUAAGAAAGCCUAUACAACUGUGGAAAGACAGCACAUGUAAAUUAGCUAAUUUUAUUGCAAAUCAUUGUGUACUUAGAUUGUUUACACUUGUAAUUGUACACUAAGGUUGCACUAGUGUUUGGUAUGUGUUUUGGGAAUGGCUGGGUGGUGGUUUAAAACAAAUGUGGUAUCUACUUAUCUGUGUAUCCAGGGUCUCUGUAUAUUUUUCAUACUUCUAGAAUUCUGUAUAAGAAGAUAACUGAAAAAUCAGUGUGCAUUAUUGCUGACAUAAUAUAAUGAUAAGAUACAAACUCUAUAUGUUUUAUUUUAAAAGUUGCACAAUGUGGUAUUAAGGGUUGCUAAUUAUUUUAUUGUUACCUGUUAAAGUGGUUUACAUGAGUUUAGAGUUCUCUUGAAGAAGUGCUAGAGAAGUUCAUAUGCAGACUGCAUUACAGAAGCAUGUGUUUAAUAAUUUUAGCUUUCCUUGUGGAAAAUAUGUCAUUGGCAUUACUAAAAGAAGAAAGAGCUGUUGCCUGAAACACAUCAUAAAGUCCAGUUUUUACUUUGCAACAUCUAAAUACCAUAAACAUACUCCAAAUUUUGAUGCACUUCUUUUCUGCUUGUGCAAUAAAUAAACAUUAACAUUUCUUUA